GGUAAAAUUGAUUUGUAACUAGUAAACAAUAUGGCAUCGGCAUGGAUAGAGAAAUUGAAAAGCGCACAGAAAACUUGCAUGAUUCAAGAUGGCCGUAGGAAGAUACACUUUGUUUUUCCAGAUGGCACAGAAAUGGCUGAGGAGUAUGACCUAAUAUCCUCAGAGCUAAUAUUGAGAAAAUGGAAAAAUAAAGCAACUCUGGGAGUGAAAGCGACAAAAUGGGAAUUUGAAGUUGGUGAACAAUUAGUGGCAAGAAACCUGGAUUCAGAGGGAAUGUUGGAAAGCUCAGCUAAUCCAAUAUUUGCCAGGAAAGACACAGCCUCGUCAUUCCAGUGGAGAAUAAGAAAUUUACCAUACCCAAUCGAUACUUACAAUGUCACUGUGGAUCCUGAAAACCGCACAGUCAUCGUGAGAACAACUAAUAAGAAAUAUUUCAAGAAGAUUUCCAUUCCUGACAUGGACAGAGCUCAUCUUCCUCUUGAUCAGAGUGCAAUCAAUGUAGCACAUGCAAAUAAUACACUUAUAAUCACAUACAAGAAACCAAAGGAAAUUCUGCUCAUGGAAAAAGAAAUCCAGGAAGAGUUUAAAAAGUUAAAAGCUUCAAAAGAUGGUGAUGUAGAUUGUACACCAAGCUGAUUGCACAAUUUAUAACCCGUAUUGAUGCAUGACUUGGACAUCUGGCAUCUCGGUGCAUGACAACUCUUUUUGUUGUGGAAAGAUUAUCAGGGAUUCAGCAAAUUUUUAACAGCUAUGCAACACUGACAAUGGAAUCUCUUGUACAGCUGACCAAGACUACCAAUGAAAAGAAAUAAACCAUAUAGUAUUUUUGAAAUAAAAUAUGAAAUAAAAAAUGAA